UGCAUUUUUAUAUUUUUUAUAUUCCCUAGUAUCUGUUUGGUUGCCGAGAAAGCGUAGGAAAAUAAAAACAGGAACUUAGGUUUCUAAGAGUCUAAUCCAAGCAUAUAUGGUUCUAUUGAGUUGAGUUUGAGUUUUUAACAGUUUUCGAGAUAUCAAAAAUGUGGCAUACUUAUUGCCUUUCAAUGCUUCAUUUUCUUUCACUUUCUUGAAGUUUCCAGGCUACCAAACAGAGAUGUCUAAUAAUAAUAAUGAUGCGGAGAAUCCUAAAGUUAGUGACAUCCAGAAAGGUCCAGAAGCUCCUAUUCCCUCAGGUGAAAUUCAAACAAACUGGUUCAGUAGCUUACUCCAGCAAGUCUCAGUCUAUGGUAUAGCUGCUGGGUACUGCAUAUCUGCAUCCUUGCUAUCUAUCAUAAAUAAAUGGGCUGUCAUGAAAUUUCCUUAUCCUGGAGCAUUGACUGCUCUACAAUACUUCACAAGUGCAGCUGGGGUCUUCAUUUGUGGCUGGCUUAAGUUAAUUGAGUAUGACAGGCUUGACCUUUUGACCAUGUGGCGCUUCCUCCCUGCAGCUAUUAUAUUCUACCUUUCUCUCUUCACCAACAGUGAGCUCCUUCUACAUGCCAAUGUUGACACCUUCAUUGUCUUCCGUUCAGCCGUUCCCAUCUUUGUUGCAGUGGGAGAGACCCUCUUCUUGCACCAGCCAUGGCCAUCAAUUAGAACAUGGAUGUCACUUGCCACUAUCUUUGGAGGAAGUGUACUUUAUGUGCUAACAGAUUACCAGUUCACAUUCAUGGCUUAUAGCUGGGCUCUAGCAUACCUGGUAAGCAUGACCAUAGAUUUUGUUUACAUAAAGCAUGUAGUCAUGACUAUUGGUUUGAAUACAUGGGGUCUUGUACUGUACAACAAUCUUGAGGCUCUCCUACUGUUUCCUUUGGAGCUGCUUAUAAUGGGUGAAUUGAAGAAGAUAAAGCAUGAAAUCACGGAUGAGACAGAUUGGUACUCUUUUCAGGUGGUUUUGCCAGUGGGGUUAUCAUGUUUGUUUGGUUUAUCCAUCUCUUUCUUUGGGUUUUCUUGCCGGAGGGCAAUAUCUGCCACAGGAUUUACUGUUCUUGGUAUAGUAAACAAGCUAUUGACUGUUGUGAUUAAUUUGGUUAUCUGGGACAAGCAUUCGACAUUUGUGGGUACAUUGGGGCUUUUGAUUUGUAUGCUUGGUGGGGUUUUGUAUCAGCAGUCUACAAGCAAAAAGCCUAAAGAUGUAAAAGAAGUAAAAACUCAAGAGACUGAUGAGGAACAACAGAAGUUACUUGAAAUGCAAUGCAACAAAGAAGGCAACGGCAACCAGAAGGAAGCUGCUGAACCAGAAGUGGGAAAAUGAAAGGGCUUUUAUAAAGCAAAAUCUAUCAUAUUGCUAUAAAAUUCAUUUCUUGGGUUCAGCUUUUCUGAUUGGCAAAUUCUUUGGUCCACAACUUGUUAUUUGAACAGCCUAGACAUUUCAUUUAUAAAAAGAAUUUUCACAGUGCGAUGGUUGGCUGUUCAUGGAUUAGCUGUACCUACCGUAAAUACCAGUCAAAAAUGAAGGUUAAGCGGAGGUUCAGACACGACUGAUAGGAUUGAAUUGGCUCUUUGUUUGAUCCCAUCUCAUUUUCUCCGAAACUAAUUCUUUCUGUGGACCUCUACAGUAGCAAUAAUUUGACAUAGAAAAUAUAUAUUUAGAUGUAAUAUUUGCAUUCUUUUGUUGUAAUCUUGUUAAAACUUUCAAUGAUCCAAAUGGUCACAGUAGUAGUGCCUUUGAUGUUGAUACUGAUGCUUUCCACAAUGCAUCCAUCAGAUUAGUGAUUAGUAAAUUUCUCAUGGAUCCUAAAGACCAAUUAAUCAACAAUUGAUUAUUCA